AUGAAGCACACACAGGUGGCUGUGCUGCUCCUCAUGCAAAGCAUGAUUGCCCUGGCUGGAACAAUGGCAACAGAAGCGACCCUUCGUCCCAACACGACGCUUCAAUACGUGACUCAGCCUGGCAAGACGACUGUCAACUUGCACACUCCCCCAAAGCUCUUUACCAGCAUGCCUGGCUCCGUGGACGACCAGGGAACUUGUCAGUGCUCUGUGUACCUGCCAGACCCCACCUUUCCCGUGCAGAAGGCUGAGCAACUGGAAAUUAUAGCCUCAACGCUCUCGGAGAGAUUCGAGCUAGAGCUUUCUCAAGUCAGAGAGUACGUGAGAAAAAUUGAACUGUAUCAGCAGCAAAUCCAUAAUCUCACCAUCAGAGUGGAGUACAUGGAGACCGGCAUAUCUUACACAGAACUGGACUUCCAGUUACUCAAAGUGGAAAUCAGUGACCUAGAGAGACUGGUCACACAGCUGAAAUCCAGCCUCCUUGGAAGCAAUGUCAUCGUUGAGCAAAUAUUUUUGGAGAUCACAAAUCUGACUCUGCUGGUAAAUGAACUGGAAUCACUGGACAAAAACAAUAUCCUUGCAAUUCGCCGGCAAAUUGUGUCCCUGCAGAAUCGAUUGAAAGAGUGUGAAGAGAACACAAACAAGACUACAGUAGCCCCUUAUUUCCCACCAGGUAGCUGCAUUCACCGAGGACUGCUGAAUGUUAGCGAGCCCUAUGUUGUAAAGCUGAACUGGAGAGGAUUUUCCUACAAAUAUGGUUCCUGGGGUAGAGAUUAUUCUCUCUCUAACCCAGAGAAGGAAGUCUAUUGGGUUGCACCGUUGAACACAGACGGGAGAUACUUGGAAUACUACAGAAUUUAUAAUUCCUUCGAUGAUUUGCUGCUGUUUAAACCCGCAUACGAAAGUAGGAUAACAUAUGGGGAAGGAAGUGGUGCAGCCCUUUAUGAUAACUAUCUAUACUAUCAUUCUUAUAGUUCAAGAUACAUGGUGAAGCAUGACUUAAGAAAAAACACCAUGGUUUUGAGGAAGGAGCUUCCAAAUGCCGCUACCGGUAACCGUUUCUCCUACGCAGGUGUAGCGUGGCAAGACAUAGAUUUUGCCGUGGAUGAAAGUGGGUUAUGGGUAAUAUAUUCAACAGAAAACAGCAUGGGCAACAUUGUGAUUAGCAAGCUCAAUGAAACCACACUUGAUGUGCUGAGUACUUGGCAGACGAGACAGUAUAAGCCAUCUGUUUCCAAUGCUUUCAUGUUAUGCGGUGUUCUAUAUGCCACGAGGCCAAUGAACACUAGGAAAGAGGAAAUCUUCUACAUGUAUGACACACGUACUGGCCAAGAAAGUAGAAUUAGUAUUGUGAUGGAUAAAAAGCUAGAUAAAAUCCAGGGUAUUGACUAUAACCCCACAGACCAGAAACUGUAUGUUUACAAUGAUGGUUACCUUGUAAGAUAUGAUAUGACCUUUCAGCCUUAG